GGGUUGUUGAAGAGGAAACUUGUAACGUAGUUUGAUAAUAGUGUGAAAAAACAGCACACGAACCUUUUCUAUGGAGAACUUCAUCCUCUAUGAGGAGCUCGGGGCAGGACGCAACUCUGUUGUCUAUAAGGGACGAAAGAAGGGAAGUCUCAACUAUGUGGCCAUCGUCUGCACAGACAAAGCCAAGAGGACUGAGAUCACUAACCAUGUACGACUCAGCCGUGAUCUAGAUCAUCCCAAUAUAGUAUCCUUCUAUGAGUGGUAUGAGACAAGUAGCCACCUCUGGUUGGUAGUGGAGCUCUGUACAGGUGGUUCCCUCGAGUCUGUAAUUGUUCACGAUGGAAGUCUGUCCGAAGAUGUGGUGAGAAGGUUUGGAUGGGACUUGGUUAAAGGACUAAAAUACAUCCAUGAAUUAGGAAUCAUUUUAUCUGACCUGACCCCUGCUAAGGUUCUACUAGAUGGCAGUAGCAUUCUGAAGUUUGGGAACUUCUGUCUGUCCAAGGCAGAUGGAGAGACAUUGGAGGAAUUUUUUGCCUUGCUUUCUACGUCUGUAGAGACAGGGGGAGAAGACAGUGAAGAGAACUUUGACGACCUGAGGAAGCAAUUACAAGGUUCUCCGACUUAUAGUGCUCCAGAGGUUUUGCAGGGAUCAGAAACCAGUAUGAGCUCAGAUCUCUGGGCUCUUGGUUGUGUGCUCUACUACAUGUAUACAGGUAAACCUCCCUUCUGCUCUGAUAACCACACUGAACUCACAGAGAUGAUUUUGCAUCAGGAUCCACCACCUCUCAGACAGACAGUGUUUUCUAUAGACCCUCCCAGCCAGGACUUCCAGAGUCUUCUGAAGGGCUUGCUCAACAAAAAUCCAGACAAGAGGAUGGACUGGCCAGAGUUGCUGGAUCACACAUUUUGGACACAGGUACUAAAAGAAGAAGAGGAUGAUGAAGAAGAGGAGGAUGAAGAAGGAGAGGAGGAGGGGGAAAGCCUUAAUUUAAGACCAUCUGAAAGAGCCACUGGUGGCCAACAGUCUGUCAAACACAUAUCCUGUGGAGCCUUAAGGAACAGCCAGAGCUUGGGUAAGGAGGUGGGAAAGGAGAGAAGAGGAGAGAGGGAGGCAAACACUGAAGAUGACCUCAAGCUCAGUGGAACUCAGCAAAUGUGCCACACUCUGCAGUGCAAUAAGUCAUUCACACGAGAUAAUGUGUCAGAGCUCAGACCAAAGAGUGGUGUUGAUGAGGACAACACUGAGGCCAUUUUUCUACUCAGCUCCUGUGCGAACUCAAGACGGAGCUGCAGUACGUCAGAUUCUCCGAACCAGAACCCGGCACCUCAGGCCAAUAAUGCCACCAACAUCACAUGCUGUGUGAAGGAUCUUCUUCAUACUGACUCUGAUCUGACUGUCACCCCAAUUAUUGACAACCCCAAGAUUCUCAAGAGUACUCCUGUGCGAUUUGAUCCUAAAACCCUUUGUGUACCGGCAUAUUCAGUUGACAAGCUGCAGUCUCUGAGUGACGAAGAGUGGACUGUCUUCCUGUCACAGCUCUGUUCAUCCCUCGAAGAACAGAAUCCCUCCACUCCUCUGUUCUCGUCCAGUGUGCCUUCCUCCACAGCCAUUCGAUCCAGACUCAACCUGCUGUGCUACCUUUGCUGUGUGGUUGGACAUAACGUUAUUGCAAACAGGCUGAUUAACUCAAAACUGCUUCUGGUGUUGACCCAACAGUUGCGACAUGCUCCUAACUGGGAUGUACGGAACAAGGUUCUCAGAGUGAUGGGACUACUGGCUCUGCACUGUAGUGACCUUGGAGAGGACAGCCCUGUUUCUGAGGCUGUGUCCACUCUGACAGACCUGCUGAAGGAAAAUCUGAAGAAUAGUAAAAUAAAGCAGUUCCUGCUUCCACCACUCGGGGAGUUCCUCUACCUCAUCUCCUCUCAGGAGAAGAAGAGAGGCUCCCCAGAGGGACUGUGGUUCGUUCCCGCUGCCGCCUACACUGGCUUAAUGAGGAGCCUGCGGGAAGGGGAUGAUGCUGUAGUUCACCAUAUGGCUGCGAAAGCCAUAGAGAACAUUUCCACAACUGUGUCUGGCCCCUCCCACCACCUGGCUACCACAGAGAUAGGCUCCGCCUUGUGGUUCCUGUUCACUCACUCCACUGUGGAAGCUGUCAGGCUCGCUGCCAUUUCUUCUCUUUCUAGGCUGAGCCGUGCGGCCCCAGCAGUCUUCUUGGCAGUGAUUGAUACCUGUGGCCCUGCGGCCAUCUUGGAGGCCAUAGGUGGAGCAGGGGCCAGAGUGCAGCAGCACCUGCUCACUGCUGUGGCCACUGCUUUACUCAGCUCACGUAUCAAAACACACCACAUCACACAGAGCAGGGACUUGGUGUUGAAGGUGCUGCGCUGUCUAGAGAGUCCAUCUACAGUAACAAGAGCCAAGGCACUGCUACUACUGCUGCUACUAAUACAAGACAACACACACACUCUGCUAUACUGCUGCCAACACAGACUUGUGAUGUACCUGGAGAGAGACCUGCGCAAAGCCACUCCUCUCAGAGAGAAUCCCAGCCAGUCAGGAUACCUGUCUCAGUGUCUGGAUUUACUGAUUGUGUAUCUGAGUAGCACUGCGCCAGGGAUAAUGGAGGACGUCGUAUGUGCCCUGAAGGGUGUGAUUGGGAGGAGACACCCAUCUACAGCUCAAAGUAAACAGCUUAAACACACCUUACCUACUGUGUCGGUGGUGCUGGAACUUCUUUCAUCUCAGGUCUUCAGAUCUCAAAUUGUAACCGAAGAGUUUCUGACGCAUAUUGGGUUGCUGCUGAACUACAUUACCUCUGUAGAGUCAAAUGAAACAAAUCUGUCCAGUGCUGUGGGUGCAGCAAUAUGUGAAGAGUUGAUUAGAACAACUUUGUCCAUUGUGGAAGUCCUGAGUCAGCACCAUGCUCUCAUCACUCCAUAUCAGAGUGCUGUUGUGGAUGCCAUCCUACCUCCUCUGACAAGACUGGCUUUCAGCAGAAAUGUGGAGUGGUCCGUGUUUGUUUUGAGGGUCCUGUCUGAACUGAGUCUGGUCCUGCUGGUUGAAGAUGGUGAUGACACUGAAGAAAAUGAGGAAAGGAUGGAAGAAAAGAGAGGAGGGAUGACAGAAAGAAUAGAAGACAAAAGCUCCCGGAGUCAGAUUUUAUCUCUCUUCACUAAAUCUCUGCUUUUAAGGUAUGAGUCUCUUCUUCGAGCAGCAGAGCCGAUCCCACUCCAUGCACUGAAACUGCUGGUAUCGAUGACUGAACACAACACUCAGAUGUGCAGGUUGAUCAAACAUAGUGGGGUCCUACCAAUAGUCUUUCAGCUCAUUAUGAACAACAGUCGUAAUGUCACCAAUGGGAUGGUCCAGAAUGCAGUUGUGUUGCUGUGUAAUCUUAGUGGAGACACAGUCCUGGAUCAGCAUCCGCUAUAUCAGCAAGGGCUCAUAGAGGUGGUGGUGAGGACCUUCUCAGAAGCUGCACUAGUACAUCUGGAUGGAGAGGGGCAUGCUGGGAGGAAGGUCAGCCAUAUUGUGUUGCAAGCCCUAUUGGAACUGCUUCACAACAUCCUAAAGCAAACAUCAGCUGUUGUCCGCUCUGCGCUGCAGAGCCAGAGGCUAUCUUGUCCAGCACUGGAGACGGAGGCAGCAGAGAAGCUGCUUCUGGCCAACAGACCCCUGAGCCAGCUCAGCACACACCUCAUUCACAUGCUGUCUACUGAAAACCAGGAGUUGUGGGAGGAGUCUCUUCAGUGUCUGUCCCUGUUGGUCCAGCUGUACGGUGCAGAGGGUCAUGACUGCCUGUCACCUUCCUGCCUACAAAGCUUCUCACACAUGCUGCGCACACACAUGCGAAAUGAAACUCCCCGAAUACAACGCACAACUCUCAGGAUCAUUAAAAGACUGGUGCAGACUACAGACAGAUCUGAUUGGUUAGAAUGCCCUGAAGGAGCAGCACUAAUGAGACUACUGCAAGAUAUGACGACAUCCAACAGGUGUCAUGUCGAUGUGGCUCCACUGGCUGCUGAAGUCCUUCAAGAGAUCAUUGGAUCCUAAAAGCUUUAUCCUCAAAAUCUUCCACUUUGAACCAGCAAAAGAAAGCCCAGCGUUUGGAAUUUUUCACCACCAGACCCCAAAGUGUACUUGUGAUCUGUAGUCUUUUUAGAAUGGAGAUCUGUUUCUAGAUAAUCAGCUAGCUAAGAUUGUUCACUCAUGACUGUUGGCAGUUUUGAAUUACAAUGGACAUGAGUUAUUUAUUUGUUAAGUCUCAAUCUAAGUUCAUCAUUAUAAACUGGAUAUGAACAUAUUGUCGUAA